CUCACGGCCUCCCUGCGAGUGAAGGGCCCGCCACGGGCGAGGCCCGCGCGGCGAUGGCAGAGCUGGGCAGCAAGGGGGUGACGGCAGGGAAGAUCGCCAGCAACGUGCAGAAGAAGCUCACCCGCGCGCAGGAGAAGGUCCUCCAGAAGCUGGGCAAGGCGGAUGAGACUAAGGAUGAGCAGUUUGAACAGUGUGUCCAGAAUUUCAACAAGCAGCUGACUGAGGGCACCCGGCUGCAGAAGGACCUUCGUACCUACCUGGCCUCUGUCAAAGCCAUGCACGAGGCCUCCAAGAAGCUGAACGAAUGUCUACAGGAGGUGUACGAGCCUGACUGGCCUGGCAGGGACGAGGCGAGCAAGAUCGCCGAAAACAACGACCUGCUCUGGAUGGAUUUCCACCAGAAGUUGGUGGACCAGGCGCUGCUGACCAUGGACACGUACCUGGGCCAGUUCCCUGACAUCAAGUCACGCAUUGCCAAGAGGGGGCGGAAGCUAGUGGACUAUGACAGUGCCCGGCACCAUUACGAGUCCCUCCAAACCGCCAAAAAGAAGGAUGAAGCCAAAAUUGCCAAGCCUGUCUCGCUGCUUGAGAAAGCUGCCCCCCAGUGGUGCCAAGGCAAACUGCAGGCUCAUCUCGUAGCUCAAACUAACCUGCUCCGAAAUCAGGCUGAGGAGGAGCUUGUCAAAGCCCAGAAGGUGUUUGAGGAGAUGAAUGUGGACUUGCAGGAGGAGCUGCCAUCCUUGUGGAACAGUCGUGUGGGUUUCUAUGUCAACACAUUUCAGAGCAUUGCGGGCCUGGAGGAAAACUUCCACAAGGAGAUGAGUAAGCUCAACCAGAACCUCAAUGAUGUGCUGGUCAGCCUGGAGAAGCAGCACGGGAGCAACACCUUCACAGUCAAGGCCCAGCCCAGCGAUGGCACCCCUGCCAAAGGGAACAAGAGCCCUUCACCUCCACCAGAUGGCUCCCCUGCCGCCACUCCAGAGAUGAGAGUCAAUCAUGAGCCAGAGCCAGCUGGCAUGGCUGCGCCUGGGGCCACCCUCCCCAAGUCCCCAUCUCAGCUCCGGAAAGGCCCACCAGUCCCUCCACCUCCCAAACAUACCCCGUCCAAGGAGGUCAAGCAGGAGCAGAUCCUCAGCCUGUUUGACGACACGUUUGUCCCUGAGAUCAGCGUGACCACCCCCUCCCAGUUUGAGGCCCCAGGGCCCUUCUCGGAGCAGGCCAGCCUGCUGGACCUGGACUUCGACCCCCUCCCACCUGUGGCCAGCCCUGUGAAAGCACCCACGCCCUCUGGUCAGCCAAUCCCGUGGGAUCUCUGGGAGCCCACAGAGAGUCCUGCUGGCAGCCUGCCUUCCGGGGAGCCCAGCAUGGCCGAGGGCACCUUUGCUGUGUCCUGGCCCAGCCAGACAGCCGAGCCUGCUCAACCAGGCGAGGCCUCGGAGGUGGCGGGUGGGACCGAACCUGUGGCUGGCGCCCAGGAGCCCGGGGAGACGGCGGCAAGUGAAGCAGCUUCCAGCUCCCUUCCAGCUGUCGUGGUGGAGACCUUCUCAGCAACUGUGAAUGGUGCCGUGGAGGGGAGCAGUGGGGCUGGGCGCUUGGACUUGCCCCCAGGAUUCAUGUUCAAGGUGCAGGCCCAGCACGAUUACACAGCCACUGACACGGACGAGCUUCAGCUCAAGGCUGGUGACGUGGUGCUGGUGAUCCCGUUCCAGAAUCCCGAGGAGCAGGAUGAAGGCUGGCUGAUGGGUGUCAAGGAGAGUGACUGGAACCAGCACAAAGAGCUGGAGAAGUGCCGGGGCGUCUUCCCUGAGAACUUCACUGAGCGGGUCCCGUGAGGCAGCCCGUGUGCUCUGGGCAUGCAGAGAUGAACCUCUUCCCGAAAAUGUGUGUUUCUUUUUUUUUUUUUUUUCUCGUUUUUGUUUUUAAACUUUGAAAAGCAAAGGGGGACUCGCGAGGAGAGCCUGAAGCUGAGAAGUGCUCUCCCGAAGGUGAGGCUGUCUGCUGAGACCGGUGUGGCCGCCCGGCAGAGCUCACCAGCGUCCCUGAAGCUGCUGUGCCCUGUGACGGAGCUUCCUGUGCCGCUGCCCCGGGGUGCUGCCCUCAUGUGCGCCCCGCGGCUGCUCGGCACGCAGGGCUGGGCCGGGGCGGCUCGCUGGGCUGGCCACCGAGCUCUCACGCUUGCCUGAAGCUUCAGCUGCACCCCUGAGCACAGGUCUCCUGUCCUGGCAGCUGCUGUGGGGGGCCAGUCUGCCCAGGGGCUAUGGGGCCUAACACCAUCCCACCUGGCCCUGCCCUGCAGACGUCCGUGUGCUGUUUGAAGUAAAUCUUAGUGUUCAAAAGAAAAUGAAACAACAACAAUAACAAAAUGACAAAAAACA